GCCCAGCACUAACCCUUCCAUUGUUUCUUCCUCUCCAAUCCAACCCCACUUGCGGCUCAAUUUACAUCCUAAAAGUCUAAAGAAAAAGAAGAAAAAAAGAGGCGCAAGAGAAAGCCAAACCCUCGCUGCUUUUCGCUCUUGCGUCGUCUCCGGCCUCAGAUCAGGAUGGUGGGUUCGAUGGAUCUCCCGACGAAGGGUGGGUUCAGCUUCGACCUGUGCCGGAGGAACAACAUGCUGGAGAAGAAGGGCCUCAAGCUCCCGGGGUUCAGGAAGACCGGGACUACCAUUGUCGGCCUCGUGUUUCAGGAUGGGGUUGUUCUUGGGGCAGACACGAGGGCAACUGAGGGGCCUAUAGUUGCUGACAAGAACUGUGAGAAAAUUCACUUUAUGGCACCGAACAUAUACUGCUGUGGAGCAGGAACUGCUGCUGACACUGAGGCUGUUACAGAUAUGGUCAGCUCCCAGUUACAGCUUCACCGUUAUGCAACUGGUCGUGAGUCAAGAGUUGUAACCGCUCUUACACUACUGAAGUCACACCUUUUCAAGUAUCAAGGCCAUGUCAGUGCAGCCCUUGUUCUUGGUGGAGUAGAUUGUACUGGACCGCACCUACACACUGUUUACCCGCAUGGCUCUACAGAUACUCUUCCGUUUGCCACGAUGGGUUCUGGAUCUCUUGCUGCAAUGUCGGUGUUUGAAUCGAAGUACAAAGAAGGGCUUACAAGGGGAGAGGGAAUACAACUUGUGGCCGAGGCAAUCUGUGCUGGUAUCUUCAAUGACUUGGGUAGUGGUAGCAACGUGGAUGUCUGUGUGAUAACCAAGGGGAAGACAGAAUACUUGAGGAACCACCAGUUGCCAAAUCCAAGAACUUACGUUAGUUCGAAAGGAUACAGCUUCACCAAGGGCCAGACUGAGAUAUUGUCCACAAAGAUCACACAGCUGAAGCCCAAGGUUGAGGUCGCUGAGGGUGGUGAUGCAAUGGAGGAGUAAUCUCGUGUGGUUACAUUCGGACAAGCAGUCAUACUCAGAAUUUACGUUAUUUUUCUUAGUGGACUUAAUCCAGAUUUUAUGCUAAAAAUGUUUCUGAUGUUGACACAUUUACGAGCACUUGUUUCUGAAGGAAGCAUUUGUCUUAA